CCGAUGUUAUCUGUACAACCCAAAGGGAAACAGAAGGGCUGUGCUGGCUGUAACCGGAAGAUCAAGGACCGGUACCUGCUGAAGGCCCUGGAUAAGUAUUGGCAUGAAGACUGUCUAAAGUGUGCCUGCUGCGACUGUCGUCUUGGAGAGGUUGGAUCAACUCUUUACACAAAAGCAAAUCUCAUUCUUUGCCGCAGAGAUUACCUGAGGCUCUUUGGUACCACCGGGAAUUGCGCUGCCUGCAGUAAACUGAUCCCUGCCUUUGAGAUGGUGAUGAGGGCCAGAGAUAAUGUUUACCAUUUGGACUGCUUUGCCUGUCAGCUCUGCAACCAGCGAUUCUGUGUGGGAGACAAAUUUUUCCUGAAGAACAACAUGAUCUUGUGUCAGAUGGACUAUGAGGAAGGGCAGCUGAAUGGGAGCUUCGAGUCCCAGGUUCAAUAA